UUGUUUUCUGUUACCUUUCAGCGAAGUUGCUUUGUAACAGAUAAUAAAAACCGUUUAUCUCGACGCUCCCGCAUUCCAGGGAAACAGCAGAGUAUUGUUUGUUUACGAACGAGAUGGACGACGAAGAUCUAGAUUUCCAACCGACUGCGAAGUCAAGGAGUGCGAAGCAAGGCCGUCGAGCACAGCGUAGUGCUGCUGCUGUCGACGAUGAUGGACCGGAAGAAGAUGCCCCUGUAUCACAACCUCCAUCAAACAAGGAUGGUCCCCCAGGGCGUCCAUCAAAGGCUGUUUCUGGCUGGGGAGAAGAAGCACCUAGAAAAAGCCGCUCGCGGCAGUUGGGAGAGGGAUUUGAGCCAUUUGAAGACGAUCUGUUUGACCAUGUAGACCAGAGUGGUCUCUUUGGUGAGAGACUACGACCAAGGAGCCCUGAUCAAGAAUCCGAUUCAGAUCAAGACAUCCCGGUGAUCCCAGAGCUGGAGGACCAGCAGGAAGAGGACAUGAGCACUAAAGUGGCUGUAGCCCCCAAUGUCGCGGUCAACCGAGUGGCCACAUACAGAGAGCUGGACAAUGAUCUCCUGCGACAAGCAGCAUUCCUCACACUGGAUAAUGAAAUAGAUCUCAAAUUAUUAACAAAGGCUGUUUCACCAGAACAAGACUUAAUAGAGGAGGACCGCCCAUGGGACUGGGAUCGACUGUUCACUGAGGUGACGUCAGAGAUGAUCUCGGACGUGGAGAAAGAGGAAUUCAAGGAACACGAAUCUAUUAAUGAAGUUGUCUGAUUAUUAAAGUGUCUACAACACUGGCUGGAUAAUUGACUCACGACUCUAUUACAUUAAACAAAGCCACACUGAACCAUAGACCAGGGGAGUGAGAAUGGAUUAUCACGAAUUGGACUUGCACUGACCACUGAUGACUUGGAGUUGUAGACCAUGCUUAACAUGCUUCUUUUCCAAACGUUUCUGCAAGAUUAUUGAAGACCUACAUUUCAACACGUUUAAACUAUAGACCUACAUUGUUGGCCAUGUUGGGUUGAUAUGUGGGUCUUCCUUAGGACAGGAUGAAUGUACUACAAAACCUUUAGUAAAAAUUAAUUAAGCUAGACAUUGGCACAUAGCUCACAAGUGGGCUGAGUCUAGCUGGUCACCUCAUCAGUAAAGUGUGAUGGGAAUGAAGAUCCUGCAGUGGUUGAUACUGGCAGUCGUAAGAGGCGACUAACGGGAUCGGGUGGUCAGGCUCGCUGACUUGGUUGAUGCAUGUCAUCGUAUCCAAAUUGUGAGGAUCGAUGCUCAUGAUGUCAAUAACUGGAUUGUCUGGUCCAGACUUGAGUAUUUACAGACUGCUGUCAUAUAGCUGGAAUAUUGCUGAGUGCGGUGUUAAACAACAAACCAACAAACACACAAACACAGACUGCUGUCAUAUUGCUGACAUUGCAUCAAGUCCCUUUGUUCAGGAUUGGGCUGGAGUGAAGCUGCCAGUAAAGAUUUCCUUACCCAAAUGUUUGUCAUUUCUUUUUCAAAUGCAUGGCCAAUUUUCAUGACCCUCUCUCAUAUUGUUUGACUUCUUUUACAGUUUCUCCAUGUCAAUCAUGUCAAUAUUCCAGCCCGAAUUGCUAUAAAUGACGGUCCCAUAACAAACUGAACUGUCAGGAUGGUGUGGUGAUGUAAAGUUUGGUUGUUAUCAGAUCUGGUUGUGAUACACAGCAUAGUACAUUGUAUAGACAGAUACAAACACACAUUAUUCUGUUGUCACAUGCAUUCCGUCCAAUAUUGUGUCAUGGUGUGUUAUGGGUUUUGAAAUAAAUUUCAUAUCAUAUG